AAGCUGUUCAGUUUAAUUUAGUGUUUUGCACGUAGCUCCCAGUUUCUAGAAUCAUUUUUAGAGAACGCACACAUUUAUACAAUAAAAAGUAUAGAAAAAAAACAAAAAAUGCCCAACUUCAACGGGGCUAUUAUAGUGCACGCACUUCAGUUGCUCAACUCGCCAGCGACACUGCGAGAAAUCGUGGUAACCAUAGCUAAGAACACAGAAUUGCCGCAGGAUGAGCUUAAGGUGCCCGUCAAGCAAACCCUUGAGAUGGGACAUCGUUUGGGAUUUCUGCAGAAACUCGAUGGUCGGUAUUUCUUGGUGAAUAUGACCUUUGACACACUUAUGCACGAGAUGCGAGCCCUUGACAAGGAAGAUAUUCCAGAGAAGCCGAAGUCGGCUAAAGCCAAGAAGAUUAUAGCACAGAAAAGUCUAUUAAUGUCCGAAAUGGAGAAAAUAACUAGUACCAAGUCUAUCAAGUCCUUGAAGCCGGAAAAACCAAAACCAUCUGAAAAAAUUAGAGUGCAGAACAUAACCACUAUAUCGACCCACAUAAAACCAACGCCAUCUAUGAUGGCUAAAUCAAAGCCUAUCAAAUAGCCAAUGUUACAGAGUGUUAAAUACCAUAUCUUUUGCCUCAGAAUCUUGUAAAUAAUUUGAUGAAAAUUAUCUGUUCUGUUGCACAAACCUUUGGUCAUAAAUGUUUAUACAAAAAUUCAA